AGCGCGGAAGGAAGGGAAAGAAGCGGCGGCGGCGGCAGGAAAGGCGCGCGGGCGCCGCUCGCUCUCUCUCCCUUUCGCCGGCGGAUCCGCCCCAGGGAAUCGGAGCUGAGCCCCCACCGGAUGCAUGAAAAAGACGCCGCCUAACAGAGAGCGUCCCGGGCAGGCUGGCGUCCACAGCACUUCGCUCAAGUCUUGGCAACUUGUCCCUCCGGUGAAUCUCGACGCUGUCCGCCUUUAAUUCCCCCCAACACGCCUCUCACUCGGCCGAAGCUAUGCCCUGCGUCCAGGCUCAGUACGGGUCCUCGCCGCAAGGAGCCAGCCCGGCCACGCAGAGCUACGCUUACCACCACUCGGCGGCUGCCGGGGAGUACAGCUCGGACUUCUUAACGCCCGAGUUUGUCAAGUUUAGCAUGGACCUGACCAACACUGAAAUCACUGCCACCACUUCUCUCCCCAGCUUCAGAGCCAGCCCGGCCACGCAGAGCUACGCUUACCACCACUCGGCGGCUGCCGGGGAGUACAGCUCGGACUUCUUAACGCCCGAGUUUGUCAAGUUUAGCAUGGACCUGACCAACACUGAAAUCACUGCCACCACUUCUCUCCCCAGCUUCAGUACACCGCCGCUCAACGGCGAGCCCUCGGCUCACGGGCCCGGCGGCCACCACCACCACCAUCAUCACCACCACCACCACGACGGGCAGCCCGCCUUUGCCCUGCCCAGCCCCAUCCGGAAGCAGGCCGCCGCCGCCGUCGGCUUUCCCGGCCUGCAGAUCGGGCACGCCUCGCAGCUCCUGGACGCCCAGGUGCCCUCGCCGCCCUCGCGGGGCUCGCCCUCCAACGAGGGGCUGUGCGCCGUCUGCGGGGACAACGCCGCCUGCCAGCACUAUGGGGUGCGCACCUGCGAGGGGUGCAAAGGCUUCUUCAAGCGCACCGUCCAGAAAAACGCCAAGUACGUUUGUCUAGCGAAUAAAAACUGCCCCGUGGACAAACGUCGCCGGAACCGGUGCCAAUACUGUCGCUUUCAGAAGUGCCUGGCAGUUGGCAUGGUCAAAGAAGUGGUUCGCACCGACAGUUUAAAAGGCCGAAGGGGUCGCUUGCCAUCGAAACCGAAGAGCCCCCAGGAGCCCUCUCCCCCUUCGCCCCCGGUGAGUCUGAUCAGUGCCCUGGUGAGAGCCCAUGUCGACUCCAACCCGCCUAUGACCAGCCUGGACUAUUCCAGGUUCCAAGCCAACCCGGACUACCAGAUGAGCGGGGACGACACGCAGCACAUCCAGCAGUUCUACGAUCUCUUGACCGGCUCCAUGGAGAUCAUCCGGGGCUGGGCGGAGAAGAUCCCCGGCUUCACCGAUCUCCCCAAACAAGACCAGGACUUGCUUUUUGAGUCAGCCUUCCUGGAGCUCUUCGUCCUGCGGUUAGCCUACAGGUCCAACCCGGUGGAAGGCAAGCUGAUCUUCUGCAACGGGGUGGUCCUCCACCGGUUGCAGUGCGUGCGCGGCUUCGGGGAGUGGAUCGACUCCAUCGUGGAGUUCUCCUCCAACCUGCAGAACAUGAACGUCGACAUCUCUGCCUUUUCCUGCAUCGCUGCCCUGGCCAUGGUGACAGAGCGGCAUGGCCUGAAGGAGCCCAAGCGGGUGGAAGAGCUCCAGAACAAGAUCGUCAAUUGUCUCAAGGACCACGUGACGUUCAACAACGGCGGCUUGAACCGGCCCAAUUACUUGUCGAAACUCCUGGGGAAGCUGCCGGAACUGCGCACCCUCUGCACGCAGGGCCUCCAGCGCAUUUUCUACCUGAAACUGGAAGACCUGGUGCCGCCGCCAGCAAUAAUCGACAAACUGUUCCUGGACACGUUACCUUUUUAGAAACGAGAGCGAGAGAGCGCGCGAGAGAAAGAGAGCGAGAGAGAGAG